CAAGUGAAAGGUUUCAGUUGACAGACUCGCACGUGGUGUUUGGAAAAUAAUAAAUUUUAUUUUGUGAAAAUUCGCGGAAAAUGCGUAUUGAAACGUGUUAUUUCUGUUCCUCCAAGAUCUACCCUGGAAAAGGAGUUCAAUUUGUACGAAAUGACUGCAAGGUGUUCAAAUUCUGCCGAUCAAAAUGCCACAAGGCAUUUAAAAUGAAGAAGAAUCCCCGGAAGACCAGGUGGACAAAGUCCUACAGGAAGACAGCAGGCAAGGAACUCACAGUGGAUCCCAGCUUCGAAUUUGAGAAACGACGAAACAUUCCCAUUAAAUACAACCGCGAAUUGUGGAGUCGCACCCUCGAUGCCAUGCAGAAGAUUACAGAGAUCAAGGAGCGUCGGGAGCGUCAUUUUGUCAUGGAGCGCCUCAGGAAAGGCACACAGGUGGAGAUUGAGAUGGACGUUAAGGAUGUUCAGCGCAAUAUGGCAUUGAUCCGCUCACCAGCAGCUGGUCUACGUGAGAGGAAGGCUAAGGAGAAGGAGCUGGAAGAGAGUCAAAUGGAUCUGGAUGAGGAAGAAAUCACUUACGUGCCAGCACGUGAACUCGAGAAGCAACUUGAGGAGGAGGCAUAUGAAGACAACAAUCGGGAGAUGCUAAUGGAGGCAUGAAUUUAGUUUGUAUAUAAAGUACAAAAUGUUUGGUUUAACAUUAGUUUGUCGAUUGAAACUCUUCGCCGAUCGAACGUUUGAUUUUCAAGAUGUUGCGUAAAUAUUGGCCGAGCAGACGGGGAAAUGAGGGAAAUGGGAAAAAAGUGAUGUAAAUAGACCUUCCAUUUGUCCAUUGGGGCAGAAGAGGCAGAAGAAUGUGGUUUUUAAUUGGAUUGUGUGGGAAAUGGGAAAAUCAAGGGGGCACAUAAGUUGCAAUUAAUUAAUCCACAUGGGGUCUAAAAAUAUUUAAACUCUAUUUUCUGAUGAUGAGGUAAAAGGAAAUCAAUGAAAUAUUGUUGAUUUCACAGAAUGUAAGAUCUUUUUCCCUGGUUCUCGCAACAAUAUUUAAUAAAUUGAAAAAAAAACAAACAUUUUAAUAAAAUAAGAUUUAUUACAAAAAAAAAACAAA